AUGGAUUUCAAUCUUUCUGAAGCGCUUAUUGCAUUUCAACAAGCGGAACAAGGCUCAUUCACAUGCUCUGAUCCAUCGAACUUAUUCAAUGAAGUCGAAGCAGCCCUAGGCGGAUCAUCAGAGUCGAUAGUGGACACAAAUAUUUGGGAAUCGUUAGAGGAACUGGUAUUGGCUUAUCCCACCUUGAGUAAGAAACAACAAGGCAAAUUGGUACAGAUCAUAGCGUCAUGCUUACACAAUCAAUGUGAUAAUGCGGCAGCGGUGAUUGAAAGUGGCCAAACAGAUGCGUUUAGCUCACAGAAACAACUCUUGGAGGCAUAUUCGUACCUCGUACACUGUCUCUUCACUCAUUUGGGACUAGAACCUAUUGCUACUAAUUCCAUAACGAAAAGGGUUACAGCUGGUGCAUUGGAAAGCUUCAAGGCCAACUGUACCCAUUUAGAGACAUUAAUGGAAUCUGUGUGUACCUGCUUGAAGCUACACCUUUCAAAGCUAUUUGUCACCACACCGGAAAAGGACUUGUUUAUCGGCGCGUUUACAAGACCAAUUUAUGUCUUGAUGGAGAGCGAACCAAGAAUUAAAGUUGUUGGACUUAAGAUGUACAUGUUCAAAGUCAUAUCCAUGGCUGUGAAGUUCCAUGGACACGCGUCAGCUGCUCAAAGUGCAAUCAUACAAAAUUUGACAUAUUUUGGCCAUUUGAAUUCUGUCAUGGCUGAGCUCUUACAAAUACUGAAUGAUCAGUAUGACUAUCCGCAGCUAACAGAAGAUGUCUUGAGAGAAGUCAGUAACAAGGAGUUCAAUGCUAAUGACAACAAUGGACCGAAACAGAUAUCGCUCUUUAUUGUGAAAGUCUCUGAACUUGUACCUCGUGUGUUACUUAAGCAGAUGACUCUAGUUUCACAACUGUUAAACAACACUUCUUACACAUUACGCUGUGCUGUUGUCGAAUCAUGUGGUAAUAUUGUUGUUGAAAUUAGUAAAGAUGAGGAUGAGCUGGAACGUCAUAAAAAUUCUGUUUCUGCAUUGUUAGAUCUCCUCGUGGAGAGGUUCUUGGAUCAAAACCCAUAUGUCAGAACGAAAGCUGUACAGUCCUUGUUAAAGCUAUGCGAUGCUGAUGCAAAAUUCACUAAACACCGUCAAAUGUUCUUACAACUUGCAGUUCGAAGUUUGGAGGAUAAGAGUUCUUUGGUUAGAAGAAAUGCUGUCAGAUUAAUGUCGAGACUCAUAUUGACGCAUCCAUUUGGUGCCUUACAUGGAACACAGCUCAAGUUAUCUACAUGGAAAAAGAGACUUGAAGAAGCGGAAAAAGAGCUCGAGCAACUUGAACCCCAGGAAACGGCAGAUGACGUAAUUGAAAAGAAUUUGGAAUUGGAAUCAGAAAAUGGAGAUGAUGAGCUUUCAGAACUUCCCUCAAGAAUUGAAAAGGAAAGCGAUUCAAAUGCAAUCUUCAAAGUUAAAUUGACGAUUCAAUACUACAAUGACGCUAUUGAAUUCAUUGAACUUCUUCAUAGGGGUGUCACUGUGGCUUCUCAACUACUUUACUCUAAGAACAAGAACGAAGUUAUCGAAACAAUGGACUUCUUCGUACUUGCAGAUGCUUAUGCGGUUGAAACAAUCAAUACUGGUAUACGUAAGAUGCUCCACCUGGUAUGGAUGAAAAGUAACAAUGAUGAGGGAACAAACGUUGCAACACAUCUAGUGGAGUGCUACAAGAAUUUGUUCUUAUUGGCACCAGAUGAUGCAUCAGAGGUUGAAGCUGCCGCUUUGAUAGCUAAAAACUUGAUAUCUUUGACGUACAAUGCUAGUGUUCCCGAACUUGUAUCUUUGGAAAAGUUACUCUGUAUGAUGUACGAAUCUUCCCUCAUCAAUGAAGCAGUGGUUAAAGUUCUAUGGCAGAUUUAUGCUUUCCAGAAUGAAACAUUCUCUAAAAAGCAACGUCGUGGCGCUAUAAUAGUAUUGGGUAUGCUUGCAUUAUCUGACCAUGAAAUUUCACUUCGUGGUCUUGAUUCUUUGUUAUCCAUUGGUCUCGGAGAAAAAGGUAAACAGGACCUCUUAUUGGCCAAAUAUUCCUGUAUAGCAUUGAAUCGUGCUGUUGUACAAGGCGAUAAGCAGAGUACAUUCAAAAUCCCAAGAGAAGAGGAGGUUGUUAAGAGACUUGGCUCUCUUCUUGUUGAGUACAAUGCCAAUAGUGAAUAUUAUAGCGUUGCUGAACCGGCUAUCAACGCAAUAUUUACACUCUCUCAUCAUCCGGAAGAAGUUUCUACCCAAAUUAUAAAGGAGAAGACACGUAUGACAUUUAGUGCUCACAACGAAAACCAAUCCCAAUUGGUUUCCCUUUCACAGCUUUUGUUCAUUGUUGGACAUGUGGCUAUCAAGGUUAUUGUACACUUGGAGGCACUCGAAACGCAGUUCAAAAGGAAGAAGAUUGAGGCUGAGAUCACCAAGUCAGACGAGAAGAACUCUAAUACCAAUGAGCUUGAAAUGAUAGGAGGUACAUCGGAAGAUGACUUUGCCGAUGCUAUUACAUUCAUCAAGGAGAAAGAAUUACUAUACGGUGAACAUUCGCUCUUGAUGAGAUUUGGGCCCAUGGUUAGGGAAAUCUGCCUGAACAAUUUGAAAUACGACAACAAGAUUCUCCAACGAUCCGCUGUCUUAUGCUUGGAAAAAUUGAUGUGUGUUUCUUCCAAAUAUUGUGAAGAUAACUUGGCCCUCUUGAUUACCAUCAUGGAGAAGUCUGAUGAUCCAGUAAUCCGCUCGAAUGCCGUUUUGGGUCUUGGUGAUAUGGCUGUUUGUUUUAACAACCUUGUGGAUGAGAACACCGACUUCUUGUAUCGUCGUCUACAUGAUGAGGAUUUGAUGGUUAAACGUACAUGUUUGAUGACCAUCACUUUCUUGAUUUUAGCUGGCCAGGUUAAAGUUAAGGGUCAACUUUCACAAAUGGCGUUGUGCCUUGAGGAUCCGGAUCAAGGUAUAAGUGAUAUGUGUAGAUUAUUCUUUACCGAACUAGCAGGUAAGGACAAUGCCAUAUAUAAUGGAUUCAUUGAUAUUUUCAGUGGAUUGUCAAAUGAUAAGAACUUGGAGAAGGAUUCCAUGAAGCACAUUCUCAAGUUCUUGCUUUCCUUCAUUGAAAAGGAGAGACAUCAAAAGCAACUCAGUGAAAAAUUAUUACAGAGAUUGUCCAAAGUUGAGAAUGAACAACAGUGGAACGAUGUUGCGUUUGUUUUGAAUGCACUUCCUGUCAAGAACGAUCAAGUAACCCAAGCUUUAGAAGCUGGAUACACAAUGGUUUCGGCCAGAAAUUAG